UUGCGUCCGCCAUUAUAAGGGGCCUUUGUGCAUCUACCCUGCAUACGUUGUUCGUAUUCAAGUUACAGUCGAUUCUAGUUAGGUAUUCACCUCAUCGACUUUAUUCAUAAUAACACUAACAACUGUAUCAUGGCUAGUGCAACGACGACGAAGAAGAAGCGAGAAGGCUCGGGGAAAAACUGUGCCGUGAUUGGGUGCAAAAACACCAGCAAGAGACUUCGAAAAUGGAAACUGGCGACGUGCGAGUUACACGCACCGGAAACACACGAGUAUUGUGUGUGCUUGCAGCCGUAUCAAAUGCACCGUUUUCCCGGUGGAUCGAGCGCCGAAGCCGUAGCGAAACGUCAGCAAUGGGUGAAAAAUAUUAACAGGUUGGACUUUAAACCUUCCAAAUAUAGUACGGUUUGUUCUCUUCAUUUCUUUGAGGGUAGACCGACGCCCAUUAACCCAAACCCAACUAUAAACUUGGGAUACAACAGCAAUGUACACUUUGAAGGGCACCAUUUUGAGCCACACCGAGUCGACGGUAAGAGAAAGUUGAAGUACAACGCAGUACCGCUUAUCUUCGGUGAAAAAGCUCAGCAAGUCACGCUGAGUGGAUUUAGACCAAUCCUACCCAUCCCUGUACCAAUGCCAGAACUCCUCCCAGCAAACACUGUACCUCAUGACCACGCCUACUCAGCCAGUGCCACGCCUCAACGGAUGCCUGUUGUCUUUCCAGGCUCAGAUUCUAAAGACUCCAAUCUCAAUGCAGAUGAGCAACUCCAUGCUGAUGAUAGCGACACUCAAGAAGACAUGGCAACAUCAGACUCCUUGACAGCUGACAGUACUUCAGACAACCUCACUAAGAUGAGAGAAAGGAUCAAGACAUACCAAGCCAAGAUACACCAACUGAGGAGGGAAAAGGGAACAAUACUCAAGAAGAAGAACAGACUAGAGAGCAGCAUGCUCAAGAUGUUCAGAAGCGAUCAGAUAGAGGCCUUGAGUCGAGGAGGCAUGCGAGGCAUCCAAUGGAGCAAGGAGACUAUGAACAUGGCACGCCGAUUAUGGCAAAUGUGUGGGUCUAACGGCUAUGAGUUCCUCUUACAGCAACACUACCCGCUGCCAUCUGUCCGUGCUCUACAACGUGCUCAGGAAGAACAAAGAGCCAGCCCUGAACUCGACGAAGUGGUUGGUACGAGUCGUGCAACGUUGCUACCUCAGGAAAUGUUUGGGAGUGGUUUCCACAACUAAAAGACUGGAAGACAUUGUAGAAUUGUUCAGUGUGCAUUACAUCAACAACAGCAUCUUAGGUGCUAUAUUAUAUAACAUUUGACAGACCCUUUCCAUUCAGCGGCCAUAUUGAGAUAUUUUUAUAAGAGGUCAACGCAGGCAUAUCAAUAUGGAACAAAAGUGCUCACCUCAAAGAUGGCUGCUGUGCAAAGAAUCUAUUCUGCAGAGUUGUACUGUCUUUGAGUCCUUAAAAAAAAUGUAGUUCUCAAAAUUCACUUGAUAGUCUAGUGGUGGUUGGAAUCAGAUGGGCAAACGUUUUCUCACAGCAUAGAGGCCACAUGCUAACAGUUGUAUAUCGACACUUUGUGAAAGCAAAACAGCGUUGUCUACUUUGUGAUAUACUCAUUACUUUCCAUUGUGUUCAUAUUUUUUGUGAAGUCUUGUCUACUAUACUAUUGAGUUGUUAUAAACUUUUAAAUAAUGUUAAAUUUAAUUUUCAUGAAGUAAGUAAACUCAACAUUUUAGAGAAAACUGGAAUCUCAUUGGAUGGUACUACCGGUGGAUACAAUGUGGAGGGGAUUUCACAACUCUACAUGGUGCAUUAGCAAUGACUGUAAGCCUUACAUUAUUAAUUAGGACACAAUAUGGCAUUGUCAGUUCGCAUAAUUUGGUGUCUGCGCGUAUUGUUAAUUGAGUCAAAUUUUUGCGUUUCUGUCACAUCUCGGUUCAAUUUUAAGGCUCAUGUUAUACUGUAUGGAAAGAAUCUUUGUUGAUCUGAACUGUAGCACAAAAACAGGUUAGUGUAUGUAAAGGGACAAUCAAGUGAAUUUUACACAGGAGCAUAUCCGUUCCUCUGAAGUGAAUCAAAACUAUGACACAUCCCUUUUUUGGUGAAAAA